CUCCAUCGAAACCCUCUCCAUCUUCUCCUGAAGAAGAAAAAAAUAAAAUUCCAAGGGUUUUGCUUUACUCUGUAGCGCUUAUCCAAUGGCCAUCUCUUCGGGCUGCUGUUCCAGCAUUUUCCUGAGCUCGCCUCUGUUCAAGGCCAAGCUCUCGAUCAACCGUCUGGCCCCUCCUAACCUGCGCACGAUGGUGAGCGUCCCCAGCGCCGCGUCGAAGCAGGCAACGACCGGCAACCGACAGCCACGUGGCAUAACGAAGCCCAAGCCCAUCUCGCCUGCGAUGCAGGAACUGCUCGGCGUACCGGAGAUUCCUCGAACCCAAGCCCUCAAGCAGAUUUGGGCUUAUAUCAAGCAGCACAAUCUCCAGGACCCGGAAAACAAGAAGAUCAUACUGUGUGAUGAGAAAUUGAAAAAGAUAUUCGGAGGGAAAGACCGUGUUGGAUUUCUUGAGAUUUCAGGGCUGCUUAAUCCUCACUUUAUGAAAUGAAAUCCUCUUCUCAAGAACUCAACUGAAAGUCCAACAAAGAAGGAAAAAGAGUAAAAUUUCCACGGAGCUGGCUUUUUGUACAUGGGUUAGUUUCUAGUUGAUCUUGAUACUCAUUGAAAAGGAUGCCAAAAUGCUAGUCGGGUAACUGCAAUUAGUCGUAGCACUCCUUUCUUGCAUUUGCAGGCAAACAACUUCGUAUUUUGUCAAGUUUUGUUCUUGUGCCACCUUGGUAUAUGGUGCAAGAUCUUAUGCGGCCUCUUUUUAAUCUUGUUUUUACCUUAACAUCUAAAGCCUUGGGAGGAACGGGUAUAUUUGCAGUUUUAUAAAUGUCUUCAGUUUGCACUCAA